AUGGCUGCGGUUUCUGAGGCUGGCGCCAUCGUGCGUCAGGGCCACCUACGAAAAUUAAAGACGAUGAAAAAGAAAUUUUUCGUUCUACGCGCGGAAACCUCUGACUGUUCUGCUAGGCUAGAGUAUUACGAGAGUGAGAAGAAGUUUAGAUCAGGUUCGGCCCCGCGCCGCGUGCUGUCCCUAAAGAGCUGCUACAACAUAACUAGAAGGUUGGACUUGAAGCAGAAGCAUGUUAUUGCUCUUUUCACUCGAGAGGAGCAGCUGUGCAUAGUAGCAGAGAAUGAGCAAGACUUGCAUGCAUGGUUGGCUGCUAUACUCAAAUUAUUCCGCAAUGAUGAUGCAAGUGCUGAACUUCUUCAUCCCAUACAACACGUAUGGCAAGUGAACGUCCAGAAGAAAGGUCUUGGCGCGUCCAAGAGCAUCCAAGGUUUAUAUAACCUGUGUCUCACAGACAAGACUUUAACUCUGGUUAAGAUCAAAAGCCACAACAACAUCAUCAGCGAUCUGGUCAUACCGGAACGUGUGGAGUACUCUCUGAAGAAUAUUAGACGAUGCGGUGAUUCGGAAUGUUUCUUCUAUAUGGAAGUGGGACGGCAGACGUCGACAGGUGCGGGAGAGUUGUGGAUGCAUUCAGACGACUCUAACAUCGCGCAGAGCAUGCAUUCAACUAUAUAUCAGUAA